CAUGCUCCGCUGUUUGGGUCCUAGCUAAUUCAAUUAUCCUGGCAUUGGCGUUCGGUUCUGACAACCGCCGAUCGGUGACAAUACAGAUGUCAUAACAAUCCCCCACCACCCCCAACCGAGAAAUGAUGUUACGCGGCCGCUCGGAGUGCUGGGCGACCGGCUUCCGGGCGAGUAUUCGCUAUUUAGCGACUAAAAGUGUGGCCAAAGAGGAGAGUAAGUACACGUCCACCAUCCGCUUACCGCGGACCAAGUUUCCGGCCCGAUUGAGCGCAGAAAAGCGAUCCGAACUCGAGGAUCAGCUGCGAAAGACAUGUUUUAGCGAACUAUACAGCUGGAACCGGACGGCGCCACCACUGGCAAAGGAUGAGUUCAUCCUGCACGAUGGGCCACCGUACGCAAACGGAGAGCUACACAUGGGACACGCGGUGAACAAAAUUUUAAAAGAUCUCAUACUGAAACACAAAAUCAUCAGUGGAUCGCGGGUCCACUAUGUUCCUGGCUGGGAUUGUCACGGUUUGCCGAUCGAACUAAAAGCACUGGAAGCGUUCGCGAAGAAAACGAAAAAGGGACAAACCAACACCGGGCAAGCGCGUUCGGCACCCGAAAUCCGUAAUACAGCCCGUCGGUUCGCACUGGAAACGAUCGUUAAGCAGCGGAAAUCGUUCGAAGCGUGGGGUAUAACGGCAGCCUGGUCCGACAGUGAUCGUGGUUUGUAUCGCACGCUCGAUCCGGCGUACAUUCGUGAGCAGCUGCGAUUGUUUUACGAUCUGUACGAGCGCCGCUUAAUCUACCGUGCACUGAAACCCGUCUUCUGGUCACCUUCGUCGCGCUCUGCACUGGCCGAGGCGGAACUCGAAUACGAUGAAGCCCACGUAAGCCCUUCCAUGUACUUAAAACUCAAGCUGGCGGAUCAUGGCAACGAUUGUCCCGCCAUCGAGAGCGCUGGAUUCGGCAACACUGCGGAGGUGUACGCCGUAAUAUGGACAACGACGCCGUGGACAUUACCCGCAAAUCAGGCCAUUUGUUACAAUCCUUCGCUGGAGUACAGUUUGGUUCGUUCGGUGGACGGUGGUGAUACGCUACUGAUCGGGAAGGAUCUCAUCCAGUAUCUGGGCGAGCAGUUGGGACAAACGUUUGAACCACUGCAAACCAUACCGGGAAGUGAGCUGCGAGCUUUGCGUUAUCAUCAUCCCUUGAACACGGAUGAGGUGCUCCCAUUUCUGCCCGCUGGCCACGUGAAGGCGGAAAAGGGUACCGGUCUCGUGCAUACUGCCCCAGCACACGGACCGGAUGAUUUCCUCGUUUGUCUCGAGCACCGGAUGGCAAUCAAGAGCUUGAUCGAUGAAGAAGGCCGAUACAAUGAGCGUGCUCCGGCGCCACUCAUAGGACGGCUUGCCCUUACUGAGGGAAAUCAAAUCGUAUCGGAAUUAAUACGACCUGCGACACUCCACCUGACAACUCUGGAGCACUCGUAUCCCAUCGAUUGGCGUACGAAGCAGCCAGUAAUGCUGCGGGCCAGCGAUCAGUGGUUCAUCGAUACGAGUAGCUUGAAGCAGGCGGCGCUUGAGGCGGUACGCGACGUCGAGAUAUAUCCGCGAUCCUCUUCCGAGGUGAGCAAGCGCGUACUGGAGGGUCAGCUACGGAAGCGUCCAUACUGGUGCAUAUCACGGCAACGUGCCUGGGGUGUACCGAUACCGGUACUGUACGAUUCCCGUUCGGGCCAACCGGUGCUACAUCGCUCACUGCUUGCUACGAUCGAAACACGGCUCAUGCACGAAUCGUCGAUGGAUUUCUGGUGGACCACUCCCGUCGAACAGCUAGUACCCGUGGAAAUGCUGAAGGAACUCAAAAUACCACUGGACUGUUUGCGAAAGGGCAACGACAUUCUUGAUAUUUGGUUCGACUCUGGUGUCUCGUGGUGCACGGUACUGGGCAAGGAGCGUGUGGCCGAUCUGUAUCUGGAAGGAAUCGAUCAGUUUACGGGUUGGUUCCAAUCGUCCCUUCUGACCAGCGUUGCUGCACGUGGUAAAGCACCGUACAAAGCGAUCUUCGUGCACGGCUUUGCGGUCGACGAGAAUGGUAUGAAAAUGUCCAAAUCGCUCGGCAACAUAAUUUCCCCCUCGAGCAUAAUCACAAAGUACGGGUGUGAUGUGUUGCGCUGGUGGAUUUGCUCCCAUGCUACCCAGAACACCUCCAUUCCCGUCAGUCACAAGCUGCUCACCUCAUCGGCCGACAGUGUCCAGAAGUUGCGUGGUAUUUUGAAAUUCCUUCUUGGCACCCUGGAACGCACCGGUACCGGUGAGCUAGAGAUCCGCCCCGAGAGCUUGCACCACAUUGAUCGCUACUACCUGAAGCAGUUGGCCGAGUUUCGGCGGAACGUGUUUGAACUGUACGAUGCCUAUCAGCACAAUCGAGCCACAGCAAGCAUUCUUAACUUUUGCCUCUCGACACUAUCGGGACUGUAUUUGCACGUGGUCAAGGAUCGGCUGUACUGUGGUACCGAUCAGGAACAUGGGCACGUUACGGCGAUCCUCGCCGAUACCUACCAAACGUUGUGUAAGGUCUUGUGGCCCAUCGUACCGUUCUUGGUGGAGGAGAGUUGGACUUACUAUAGGGGGAACGAUCAUUUCUACAAGUGUUUCCGCACGGAUCUGCUGAGAACGGCGCCACGUACAGCAGAUUCGGACAGAGCGGACUUAUCCUGCACAGCCGUGGAAGUUGCGCUUGACCUUCGCCACGCAGUGUACGCCCAGCAAGCUCAGCUCAACGUAAAUUCCUGGUUGCUUCAAGUAACUGUCGAGUGUGAUGAAAACGAUUACGCCCAACUAUUGGCACUACAUCCUGCCGUGGGAUGCGCCGAUGCAGAGACGGAACUGUGCGAAUUGUUACAAAUCGGUUCGGUUGAGCUGCGCAGUCGCAGACCCGUAAACCGUAGUAAUGAGUCGACCGAACGCUUCGUGGUAAAGAUCACCAAAUCCGAUCAGUCACUGUGCCCACGCUGCCGAAGGUUUAUGUUGCCCGACGAUGGUGACGAUGGGGCUUGUGUUUGCCGAAGGUGUGAUCAGGUGCUGCGGACGCGCGUGUGAUAUGGUCAAUGAGUAACAACCGGUGAGCAUUUGUUGUUACAUAAAUAUAUUCAUUCGUUUUGGUUGAUAAA